AUGGCAAUGGCUCAAGAGCAUAGGAAUACAAGGUUCGUUCAACAGGCUUUUGAAAUGGUCGAUAAGGUUAAUGGUAAGUCCCCGAAAAUAAGCCCUAAACCAUUUGUUCCUAGAGACCAGUUCCCUUCUCGUUUUAACCAAAGUUCCACGGAACAUAUUCCAUUUGUUGGUGAUGCCCGUCCAUCUAUUGGCCAUGCCAACUGGUUUGAGAAGCCGAAAGGACGGGUUAUCAGCUGCGACGAGGCGGUCAAACUCUGUGGAGGGAUGCUUAUAAAGGAAUUUUGGUAA